AUGGACUUUCAUCAAUAUUCAAUAAUAAGUUUUGAAGGAGAAGAUGAUCUCAUUCCUGGUCUAUGUGGUCUAACAAAUUUAGGUAAUACAUGUUUCAUGAAUAGUGCUCUUCAAUGUUUAAGUAAUAUCCCUGAAUUCACUCGAAGAAUCUUGUUGUUUGGUAAUGAAAUCAAUGCACCAAUAAUUGGUGCCUAUUCAGCAUUGAUUAAAACUAUGUGGUCAGGUGAACAUGUUGUCGCUGUACCAUCAUCUUUAUUGCUGAAUAUUUCUGAGAAUUUACCACGUUUUCGACAAUAUCGACAGCAAGAUGCACAAGAAUUUAUGAACUAUUUUUUACAUAUAAUUCAUCAAGAGUUAACAAACGAAAAAACAUUAAUUACUGAUUUGUUCUAUGGACGAAUUCAAUCAAGUGUUAAAUGUUUAGGCGGAUGUAAUUAUAUUGAUAUUAAUGAAGAAGUAAUUAGUUUUCUUCCACUACCUGUUGCAAAUGAUAUUGAUCAAUAUAAUAUUCUCUAUCUUCGAAGCAAUGGUGAACAAAAAUUAGUUUCAGUUCAUACUUAUGCAAGAACAAUCCGCACACUGAUUGACUCCUUCAUUAAACAACACGAACCAAAAUUAUCAAUUACUCAAAUACAAGCGUUUAGAAUAGUUAACAAUAUAAUUAUGGGAAAAUAUUCAUUGCACACAUUACUGAGUGAUACGAUCAACAAUCAAUUAACUUUUAUCGAACAUCCCGAGAAGACUAUUGAGCAAAAAUAUGUCGAAUUGACAUUUCUUAAUCACAAAACAUGCAAACCAUUUCGACCACCUAUCUUUCUCGUUCGUCCAUCCUAUGACUGUUAUUAUUCUGAUCUAUCCGAACAAAUCAAUCAGAUUCAAAAUCAUCUGUGUUUAGUAACCAAAGCACCGACUUCUGCAUUUCAUCUCUAUUGGAUUAAUGAUAGUGGCAGCGUUUGUGAUUUUGACAUUGAGGCGCAUAAACACAAUACUUCGUUGUUGUUCAUGAACCGAAUUACUCUCGAAAUGGAUCCUGAAUGGGUUGAAAAAUAUAUAAAUCAGUACAAUAAUGAUCGGUCAUUCAUCAAUCCAUCAUUAAAUAGUCUAUUGGAGAAUUUUUUUCAUGAAGAGCCCUUGAGAGGUGACUACUUUUGUUCGAAAUGUCUUGCUCUAAAACCAGCUAGGCAAAAGGCUGAUUUCGUUUUACCAUUACCUCCUGUACUAAUCAUACAGUUAAAACGCUUCACGUAUGAUCCUUAUUCAAACACAAAGGUUGAUACAUAUAUCGACUUUCCACUUCGAGAUCUUGAUCUUCGUCCAUAUAUUAUCCAGAAUAAUGAUCAGAAAACGAAUAUACUCACAUUAUAUGAUCUUGUAGCUGUAUCUAAUCAUUCAGGUAGUCUUGCUAGUGGACAUUAUACUACUUACGUAAGAAAUGAUCGAAAUAAAAAAUGUUAUUCAUUUAAUGAUGAAAUAAUUCGAGAAAUUCUCGAUGAGUAUGAUAUUGGGACAAAAAAUGCUUAUAUUCUUGUGUAUGCUCAACGAACUACUGUGUAA